GCGCACGGUUUACGGGGCGGCAUUGGGGUCCCGACGGCCGACCCCACCCAACCCAAUGGUGCUCGUCUCGCGCUGCUCCUGCGGGCAGUCAGCUGCACCCUUCGCCGCCGUCCGCCUCGCCGGCGAGUUUGAGAUUUACACGAAACCGUAGCCCCCUGCCGGAAUUCGUGUUGGCGCGGGUCGGAUCAGGGGAGCCCGGGUGCACCCCGAACAGUGGAAUCAGUUUUGAAUUGCUCAUGGUUGCCGUGCUCAUGUUUGUUUGUUACGCAUUUGGGAAUUUGGGUUCUCUGUUUUGUUUUGUUUUGUUUUUUUCCCUCCCACAUCCGACUGAAUUUCAUGUUGGGAAAUGGACCGACCUCGUUCUGGUGAUCGGGGACAAAUCCUACCUUGGCUCGUCGGAAUUUAGAAUCAGGGGAGCUCCGUGCUUGGGGGUGCGUUGCCUUUUGUUGCUUGUGGUUCGAAUCCUGCUACUGUGGGCUGUAGCUUACUAUGAUCUCGCCUCUGACUGUGCGGUCCCACGACUUUGGGAUCUCUGCACACGUUGGCUUCGUAGGUUCUCAUUAGAUUCUCGAUUUUAGAAUGUGGAAGGAAGCUCCAGCCUCUGCCCACAUUAGCUCAAUGCUGGGACACUGAUGAAAGCAAAUACUAUGGAAUUUCACCCCGCAUUAAGCCUAUGACUAAACCUCCAACAUUGUUAGUGCAUUCCCUUGUGUUGGUGGCGUGGUGGCUUUGGAAGCACUGUAAUGAGUUUGUGUUUGAAAGGGCUUCUCCAAGCUUCGACCGGAUCAUCCAAAACAUCAAGGUUGAUGCUCACCUGUGGUGCAUGGCUGGCGCUGCGAGCCCUUUGGCCUUAGUCUCGGUUGAACUAGGGAGUUUUGUCCUUAGCUAAUAGCUAUUGUUUUUCCAUGUUUUUGGCCACCGUAAGGUGUGCAUAUCUUGUUCUGAUCUUUUUGAGACUUACGUGGUCUUUCUUCUUCUUAAUAUAAUGAUGUGUAGUUGUCUUGCGCGGUCGAUAAAAAAAUGAUGACAACCUCCAAUUCAUGCAUUUACUUGUCUUCUUGUGUAUCUUUAUUCGCUCUCUGUAGAUUUAAUGUUCGUGUUUGUUAGGCUUUUUUGCUUGAAAGUGAGGUCCUAAAGUUUCAUUUUUCAUAUGAAGCUUAAUCUUUUAAUUGAUUAGCAAGGUUUUUGGACUUAAUCCAGUUUUAGUACUGUUCCAUUGGCUCUUAAUUAAUCGAACUUGGACCAAGCAGCAUUUUCUGCUCAUCUUUUUUUUAUUUGACAAGGUCUGUCCUGUCUUUUUUAUUUGUCUUACACAUUUCUAACAUAUUUUGUUAUCAAUUGCAGUUAGUUCUCCCGUUGGUUGAUUUGUGUACUGGGGCAUAUUGGAUUGGAGGAGCCAGAAAACUUGAAAACCCAGAGAAUUACUUUGAACUUAUAUUUAUGUCCUGAUUUAUGGAAUCCCAUUUCUAAGAGAUGCCAUCAUCGAUACCACCACCGCCACAAAAUUUUCUCCCACUGCCAUCACCAGGGGUUGGGCAGAGCACUCGUAUUAACCUUGGGGAAAUCAAGCUAAAACUAGUUAAGAGGAUUGGUCUAGAGCGAGCAAAGAGGUACUUUGAGCACCUGCAGAGGUUUUUGUCUUUGAAGCUGAGCAAGAGUCUAUUUGACAAGUUCUGCCUCACAAUACUUGGUGAUGAUAACAUUCAGCUUCAUAACCACCUCGUUUGCUCAAUUCUCCACAAUGCUUGCCAAGCAAGUGGGCCAUCGACAGUCAGUACACCUAAAUCAAUUGGAGUUGCCAAGAAUUCAAAUCAUGUCUUAAGUCCUACAGUCCCUUUCUCUGACAUUGGUGAUGUUCUGCAUCAUCAUGUCAAGGACCACUAUCCACGAAGCAGAAAUGCACAUGUCGUCCAGGAGAAUGGUGUUGUGCGUUUGUCCAAACUGAAGAGAUUUCCGCAGCCUCACAGUGAACUUGUGGAACUACUGUCCAAACGAUCACGUGUGGAGAAUGCAUAUUCAAAUUUAUCAGACCCCAUAAAUAGCAACUGUCCUGGUGUCUCUGGUAGAGAAUAUGUGGAAGCUGUUGCACAGCAUGCUCGAGGUCCAAUAAUUGCCCCACUAGGGGUUGCCUUCUGUUCUGGUCAUUUCGGUGGGAAUUCAAAAACCUUGACACUUCCCUCUGGUGCUAGCAGUGAUGACUCUAUUUGUUGUUAUGACCUUGGUCAGCUGUGUGAUACUUCAUCACUGAGACAGCGUAUGGGGAGAAUAGCAGAAACAGAAGGGUUGGAUGCUGUGUCAUUAGAAUGUGCUAAUUCAUUGAAUAAUGGAGUUGAUUUUUACUUGAAAUACCUUAUUGGAUCAUGUAUUGAGCUAGUAAGAGCAAGAUCUCAGCAUGAUCGAAUAAAUCAUAUGGCACUAAAACAACAGUUAAGUCAAAAGCUAAUAAAUGGUGUGCAGCUCCAAAAUCAGGUGCAUGGUCAAAGUGCCACUACAUGUCCGCAAAUCAGCUCGGUUUCAUUGCAAGACUUCAAGGCUCUAUCAGAGACAAUUCCUCAGCUGCUUGGAGUCAAUGCAUCACUGGUACUUGAAAAAAUAAAUUCAUAUAACUAAUCAAUUCGGAUGCAAAUGGAUCAAUGCUUCCGCAGAGUUUAAUCUUUGCCUAUCAGACAAUAGAAUUGAAAGCUCAAAAUUGUAUCUUUGUCACAUGCACCAUCAGGCAAUGGUAUGUGGAUGUUUGCAUAACUCAAACAUGCAUCGAGCUGAGGUUCUAGUACCAAAUGCGACAAUGAUGAAGUGUUGAGCCUCGCUAGCUAGCAUACUUCACAAAUUUGAUGUUCACAUCCAAGUCCUGACUUGGUUCUGCACAUAUAUGCAGCUGAAGUGUUUCUUCCUGUUUCAUCUCUAUUGCCUUGCGAAGUCCAAGCCUGCCUCCAUACACUUAUUGCAGCUGAGGUGUUGCUUCUUGUAUAAUCUCUGCUACUCAAAGGAUGUUUUGACAUUCUUAGUCUCAUAUGUGGCAGACACCAAAUCUUCUCAGCUUGGUGUCUCUCUUAUGUUGCAUGGUUUAUAUAUGUUCAUAAUUUAUUAGGCAAUGGAAGAUGCUGAUGAACAUUGUUCAAUAUCCUGUUCUGGUGAAAUCCACAGCUCACUAUCAAGACUGCUCCAUCAAAAUAAGUUCAGAUCUCAUAACUUCUAGAGAAUGUUGAUUAUACAAAGACAUCAAUUUGUCAUUAUGUGCACCAGUGAGGAGUCAAGUCAAGGCUGUACACAGAAACAUGGUGAUGCUAGGUGCAAAACAGAUUUAGAACAGGACUUCCAAUACAAAAAGAAGUUGAUCUUUCCAUCUAAGAGAGAAGGCAAACAACUGUGGAAAAUUGACCGCAAAGCACAAAAGGAGGAUGGAUAGGAAGGAAAUGGCAUGGUUCAAAGUAUUCUGCCAAGGAAGAGGCAUACCUGUGCUGACCUCCGAGCUGUUCACACGGACUCCAAAAGCCGAUCAAUCUCUGCGAUCCAUGGUCACCAAUGGAAUAUAGAAGGAAGGGGAAUGCUUGCAUUGAUGUGCCCCACUUUCUAUGGCCUGCCUCCUUCACCUCGAGAGUCUAGGCGGUCGCUGUGUUCAAAUAGUCUGGCUGAAAAGACUUCGAGAAUGUUUGGCCCUUGUGCUUCCUUUUUUUUUUGUAUUCGGUGGGCGGUCUAUAAAUAGUGAGCAGAGACUUCCCUCCAUUGAUGAUUCAUGGUGUGUGGAGGGCACUCCGCUAUUCUUGGGGAUCCGCCGUUUUGUGUCUUUCAAGCCUAUUAACGGCAGGCAGCCGGGCACGGUUACUUGCGUGCCUGCGUAUGAACUGCCAGCUUUGCUGCACAUGUUGCAUGUUUGACAAGAGAUUGUUGUAUACGGUGUAACUUGAAUAGCAUUAACUGAGUUUUCUUAGCUGGCUUUGAAUAGCAUUUAAGUCAUACAUUUGAUUUGUA